CCAGUGUUGACUAACAACCGCCGCGGCACGCGCCUAGUUGACAGUUGUCCGUCGCUCCCGGCCGUAUGUCACGAACAUACCUAUUAUCACUUGGAACUUAGCACGACCGCCUCUUAGUCCAAGCGGGACGACGCACGGUGCAACAGGCCGAUAAAAAAAUAUUCAAAACAAGACAAAAUGUAUAAAACGUUUUGGUAUACCGGUAUCCAUAUUAGUCGCAUGUCGUGGGUGUCACAGUGAACAUGUAUUAAUAAUUAAUUUAUCGAUUAUCAAUAAAUAAUAUUUCGCAAAAAAUAAAUAAACAAAGUGAUCCAAAUUAAAAAUAAAAAAAAUCAAUACCAUAAAUAAAAAAAUGUUUGCGAUCUUAGUGUUGUUUGUGGUCAGUUUUGCAGAUUUAACUCUGCAGGCAGAAUGGACGUACAGCCACCAAUCGGCAUGGCCAGGAAAAUGCAACGCGGGAGUGGGCCAGUCUCCAAUCAACAUUAUGACCCAAGACGCUAUAGUGGACAAGCAUCACGCCCACAUUCGAGGCCCUCUAGUCUUCCGAGGAUACAACGAUGUCUCGCUGUACGGGUCCAACAAUGGACAUACAGUGAAAUGGUCUGGAGUUGCCGGUGGACCAGCACCAAUUCUGUCUGGUGGUCCUCUCAGAGGGAACUACACCUUCCUGCAGUUCCACUUCCACUGGCUCUCAGAACACGCCAUUGAUGGAAUGAAGUACCCUCUGGAAGUCCACAUGGUCCACAUUAAGACUGGUCUGACUCUCGACGAGGCUCUGUCGCGACCCGAUGGACUGGCUGUCAUUGGGGUCUUUUUCAUGAUGCACAGAGGGUAUGGUAGUGAUCGUGCUCUAGAGGAGAUCAUACCAAUGAUGCCCUACAUUGUAGACAGCUCACAGAACAACACUGAACCACGAAGAAUUGAUAUUACACGCCUGCUGAGCAAUGAACCUCAGUCAUACUACACGUACCAUGGCUCUCUCACUACUCCCAUGUGCCAGGAAGUCGUCACAUGGAUCGUCAUGGACAAACCAAUCUUCAUUUCUCCUGAUCAGUAUGCAUUAUUUACCAAGACCGAUGUGGGUGGUGACUACAACUACCGCAGUCUGCAGCCGAGGAACAACAGAGUGGUGUACCGCUCCAUAGCCUCAUGUGCCUCCAUCAUGGCUCCCACCAUCCCCGGAACCCUCAUCAGCCUCUUCUCCUGCCUCUCAACUUCCCUAGCAGCAGGAGUCAACAAGGGCGUAGGAGCAUUUCUGAACAUCAAGAGGAAAAUUUUCGGUUCAUCUGCCAAAAAUUGCGUGAAGGCCAAAUAAAUGUAGUGGAAGUUAUCUAGAGAAUUCAAAGGUAUUGUGAAUGUGCAUAUAUUGGUUGUACCGAAAUAAUCCUUACGGAGUAAGGUCUAAAGACAUCUGUUGUAUGAAAAAAACUCAGAGGACUUUAAACGCUUGAAGCGCCAUCUAGAAAGAGCAAAAACGGUCCAUAGUCGCCAAGAGCCUAAUAGUUAGCUAUUAAGCUGCCAAAUUAAGUAGAUAAUAGGUCUAUACUGUGAAGAUGGAGGAAACAUCUAAGGUAACUAAUUUUUAAAAGUGCCAUGAAUAUGCUUUACUAAUGACAAGUUUUCCCAUCUUUUGCAGUGUAGAUUUUUGGUGUAUAGGUAGGAGUAUAGAUGUAGAAUUGAAGUAAUUUCUAGGAAAUUUUGUUUAACAAUUUUAUCCGAAUCAAGAAGAUUAUAAGAUUAUAAAUUUAAUAUGCUUAAAUUAAUCAUUAUUGUCGGUCGCUGAUACCGCUAAAAACCAAGAUACGCUAAGUUCAGCAAAUUUGAAAUAUCCAGCUGUUCAGCCUGAAGUAAAUACUUGGUAUCGACACCUUAUCACUGAUUUCUAGUCAUCAACUAUAAUGAUUAUUUAAUCUCGCUUAAUUAUUCACGAGUCGAUUAAAUAAUUUUUUAAACAUUUCAUAUGUUUAAAAAAUAAUUUGCUAAUAUCAUCCUUUCUGAUUAUUAUGUAAUUCGUUCUGGAUUACAAUAGUUAUUGUUCCGCGUUUAUGAUUUUAAACAAUCCUUGAUAUAGACUGUUUUAUUUAUAAUAUUUUACUGUGCGUUUGGCGCAGU